AUAAUUAUAUAAACAUGUUCUCUUCUGCUAUUCGUACCGCUGCUCGUCGUAACAUUGCCAACAAGCGUUUUGCUUCCACUGCUUCUGAAUCUUCUGCUAACCAACCUGGUCCCAACAACAAUGGCCCUAUGAUCCUUGCUGUCUUGGCUGCCGGUGGUGCUGGUUAUUACUUGUACAAGACCUCAAUGGGUAAGUAAAGAUAUGGCAAUUUGGGAUUUUGUCAUUGACUUUUGUGUAUAGAAGCUAAGAAGGGCCCUAUCCAAAGAAAGGGUGAAGAGAUGGAUGCUAAAUACCAAGAAACAAAGCAAGCCGCCAAGGACAAGUAUGAAGAAGGCAAGGAUGCUGCUAGUGCCAAGGCUGAAGAAGUGAAGCAAAAGGGUGCUGAAAAAUAUGAAGCUGCUAAGGAUGCCGCUGCUCAAAAGAAGGAAGAAAUCCAAAAGAACGUUGGUGAAAAGAUCAGCGAAGCUGGUGACAAGGUUCAAAAGAACGCUUAAAUUUGCACAUAAUCUGUAGUUGAUAAUCUGUACAUAAUAAAUCUCGUUCAAUUUUUUUGAUAGAAAUUAUUUAUAAUUGUAUAACUUGUAUUAAAAAAACAGCGAGUAGCUUUAUAAGAAAGAAACU